CGAAAAGCUCCAUCAUAAUUAUUCCGUACAUCGUGCAUCAACAACAACGCGACAUUCCAAUCUUCCAUUUUCUCUGAGCAACGCGGGGUAAAUUUGCCUGCGUCCGGCUUACUUCUUCCAAUGUCCACUUCUUAUUUACUAUUUUGAUUUCUACACUCCUCAGUCGUAGUUACAAGAACAUACCUAUGAUAUUGUCUGCAUCUGCAUCGUUAAAAUGGCUGCCCAAGGCUACGUUCAAACUUCCCUCAUCUGGGUGGCUUAUGCCGUCGCAGUUGUCUUGGCCUUAAUUGUCGCCAGUAUCACCACAUUUACGUGGCAGACACCUCGCGAACGAUCCGCGGUCGUAAGCAUUGUCGCCAUCAUCGGUCUUACAUCCAUCCUCGCGACCGUCCUCCUUCUCCCUGUCGACAUCGCCCUUGUCUCAUCCACUACGUCCACCCACCUCGGUGCCAAGAAACACUGGGCCACUUCCGAUCGUAUCGACAACAUCACCUUCACUCUUAAGGUUGUCUACUAUUGUCUCUACAGCUUCGACGCUCUUCUAUGUCUUCUCAUCAUUCCCUUCUCGUACUUUUGGUAUGAGGAAUACGAUGAAGUCGAGGAGCAGGAGGGUAACCAGACCUUCGGCAGUCGUCUCUGGGGCGCCUUCAAGUACACCAUCGCCUUCAUACUCUUGGUCGUAAUUAUCUUCCUCGUCGGCUUCUUCGUUCCUGCUGCCGGAUCCCGCGGCGGUGGCGAUCAUCUCGAUCUUGACUUCUUCAAGCGACUCCUCGACGAGAACCAUGGCGAGAAGGCACUUACAUUCGGCGUGGGUCUACUGAUUACACUGGGUACGCUAUUGUAUAUUCUAUAUACUGGAGCUGGUCUCGCGCUUUUCCCAGUCUCGUUCAUCAAGUCCGCCCCGUCCGUAUCCGCACCGCAAUUGUCCGAGAAUACCGCGUCCCAGUUGGAGCAGAACAGGGAGCGUCAACGACAAAUUGAGAUGCGUAACGCUGGCCGACCGGAAGGAAUGCCGCACAAGGAUCGACGCGAGCUAGAAGCCCUCGCUCGCGAAGAGCGCACCCUCGUCCGACGUGAACGACUCGCCGCUGAAGCUCAGGGAGAAGGCAAGAGUUUCGUUGUGAAGCUAUGGUCAAAGAUCUGCGCCGUAUUCCGACCACUCAAGCUCAUUGGAGGAAUUCUUCUCAUCGUUCUUGCACUGCUUAUCUGGGUCUCUAUGCUGAUCACUGGAAUCGACAAGGCUGCCAACUCUGUCUGCAAGGAGCACUGCGGAUAUAUCCUCGCGCAUAUCAACGUCUUCCAGCCUAUCAACUGGAUCUUCGUGCAGACCGCCAAGGCCUUCCCCGUCGACUAUGUUCUCAUGGCCUUACUAAUCCUACUAUUCUUCAGCAGCUCCAUCUCCGGCGUGGCAGCUAUCGGUAUCCGUUUCCUCUGGUUGCGUAUCUUCCAGAUCCGCAAAGGCCGAACGAUGCCUCAGGCUCUACUCAUCGCGACGGUUAUGCUAGCGCUAAUGAUGCUUGGGAUUAACUAUGCGGUAGCUAUGAUGGUGGCGCCCCAGUACGCGAGUUUCGGCACCCAGACGUUCUGCGAUUUACCUCCCCGCUUCCCGUUCUCGAGCCCCGACUGUCGCGAUACCCCCGAGGCCGUCAAGCCCUGCUCCGAGUGGGCGGACUCACGAUCACACAAUGGCAAGAAUCUGCAGCAGGUCUGCACACCGACUGUCAUGUCUACAUUCCUGAAUCGUGUUACGCUCAACUGGCCCGUAUUCGGCGCCGUAGCUUUCUGGGCCCAGUUCGUGUUCCUAGGUGUCUUCCUCCUGGUAUUCCUCACAAGCUUGUUCCGCGCCCCGCGACUCAAUCUCAGCGAGAUUGACGAAGAGGCAGAGGCCGACGAGGAAGAGGGACUGCUGGCCAGCACGGGACGUCGCUUCGGCGCUACGUGGCAGGAUAUCACGGGCCGCCCGAAGACUGGUCCUCAUGGAAGUGGAAGUGGGAACGGCGCUGGGUCGAGUGCGUAAGUUGAUUGCCGGCUCACUUAGGUACCAAAGUUGUCCAUGUAUUCUAUAUGGUACCACGGCAUGAAGCAUAUUUACCCACGCACGAAGGAAGGGGAAGUUGGUACAGAAUGAAUGGUUUUAGCUGGCUAGUUUCCCCUAGGUCACAUGGAUGCAAAAAGGGGGACGGGACAAUUACCCCCAGGGACACAUGUACGGAGUAUCAGGUUCUACGGAGAGCAAUAUGGACGGCGUCGUGAUUGAUUGAUUACUUGAGAUUGUACUACUGGUUUGCAACGAGGUUACGGAUAGGUUCCUAGGCUAGGGUAAAAUAGGACAUGGACAUACGGAAGAAUUUCCGGUAUAUUAUCAUGGCUUGAAAGUGAUACCUACGGUUUUGUAAGGCAUUAGUCGUAUUGGCAUCGCCAUUCGUAGCGUAGGAUUGAUUGA